AUGGCGGCUGAGUCAGCGGCUGCGGGUGGGCUUGGGAUGUCUGGUCGUCGUCAGCACUCCGGCACCGUGAAGAGGAGGAGGUGGGGAGGUCUGAGACAGCAGUGGAAACUUCUGGGCUUAUUUGAGAUCGAUCAACAUCAUGAGUUUUACAGCCUGACCUGCAUGAUGAAGGAGGGGUUGGCAGCAGCCAUCCAAAACACUAUCGGCAAUCCACCUACAAGUGAAGUGUCAGAUGAUGAUUUCAGAUUAGAGGUCACUCAGAUUCAUAAGGAUUUUGCAAUGGAGACGUUUGCAGGCCCGGUGUUUGCCAGUCUCCGCAGCUCUCUGGGAAUGACAGAGCAAGAGUAUCAGCAGUCACUCUGCUCUGAAAACUGCUACCUCCAGUUCAUCAGCAACUCCAAGAGCAAGGCCGACUUCUUCCUGACAAAUGAUAAACGCUUCUUUUUGAAGACCCAGAACAAAAGAGAAAUCAAGUUUCUUCUGGCCAACCUGAAGAUAUACAUGGAGCAUCUGAGGAAAUACCCCCAUUCACUACUGGUCAAGUUCCUAGGUGUUCACAGGAUCAAAAUCCCACACAGGCGAAAGAAGUACUUCAUCGUUAUGCAAAGUGUGUUUUAUCCUGACGACCGAAUCAAUGCGAGGUACGACAUUAAGGGCUGUGAGGUGAGCCGCUGGACGGAGCCUGCGCCGGAGGGAAGCCAGAUUAUUGUGGUUCUCAAAGAUCUUAACUUUGAAGGCCAGUACAUCACUCUGGACCAGCAGCGUCCUUGGCUCGUGCAGCAGGUGGAGAUCGACACACACUUCCUCCAAAGGCUCAACGUGCUGGAUUACAGUCUCCUCCUGGCCCAUCAGCCCUUACAACACGAUGAGCGCCACCAGAGCCUGUCCUUCGCUACUCUCAUCAUGAGAACCAAAAAAUCUGUGAAUCCAGGCUCCAGCCCUAUCCACGCAGGUGUUGCUGCUGUUCCAGGGGCAGUCCCAGAAGAUGACUCCACUUUGCUUUUAUCUGAAACUCAUGCCGGUUGUUUGAUGCAAACGCAGGCAGGAGAUGCACCAAGUGGUGGUAAUCUUCAUAUGUGCCCGGAGCAUGCCGGGCCAGACAGUGAGACAGCAGAGCUUCAAGACUUCAGGGCCCAAAACCGUCGUUUACUGCCCAAUUUAAAGAAUCCUCUACACAUCAUCGAUGGGCCCGACCAACGCUUCUUCAUCGGCAUCAUUGACAUUUUCACAGUUUAUAGUUUUAAGAAGAGGUUGGAGCAUUGGUGGAAGAGACUGAGACAUCCAGGCCGAACCUUCUCCACUGUCAGUCCACAGACUUACUGCCUCAGGCUAUGUCAGUGGGUUCAGGACCAUACCAAGUAG